AUGCAACUGCAAAUAGAACAUCCCUUCGGCUGGACGCCUGACACCCCGCCUUCGGCGUUUUGGUCUGCACAACGCCUACCCAGCACCAUCAUCCCCUGCUCGUUCCCACCGUCUGAAGGCUACCAAGAGCAGCAGAGGCCAUCAAAGCGGCAAUGCUCGCAGCCAGUAUGCUACGACCAAGGCUUGCUCCAGUCGAAUGAUGUCGAAGCAUCCCAUACAACUGAACUCACCGAGUCUUUGACAGCCACGUGUCAUGGCGCGAUGCUGCACAGCCUCUCAUCUCCGUUGAAGCCUCCGCCGUUUAGCAUUACACAGAGCCUUCAGGCCCAUAACAGAGGUUGUUUGGAGUCGCUAAGUCCAACUGCUAGCUCAAAUGCAGCUUCAGACAUCAUACAAGACGAUUUGAUACCCAGAUGUGGUGACAGAGUCUCAGACAGCGCCUCCCAGGGCUCCCAUAACCACAGCGCUGUGGUUUUCCAAUCAUGGCCUUCGCCGCCCCUUGCUUGCAAGCCGAGCGGCUCUGGUCAGACUUCUCUGGACGCGGCAGUCAAAGGAGUCGGCCGUGAGGAAGGUCUGCCACCUGUGGGCAUUGAAAACGCCGGAAUGGGCAACGGGACCUAUCAUCGCAAGGCAGCUGCAGUAGGUGUAAAGGGCAUUGGGCUCGAUGCCCUACAUAGAACCCCUCAAGACAGCAGUUUAUUGCCCUCCGACUUUGACUUGGACUCAGACAUGGAGGAUGAUAUGGGAAAGCUUAUAGACGGAGAUUCGGAUACUAAACCGCAACAUAAACCUCCUCUCAGUGUACUUGAAGCCAUGGAUAGACAGUCCCGUGAUGCUGAUGAGUAUCGCUCAAGACUCUGGAGAUCACCACAGGUCAGCCGGGAUGAAGGCUCAAAUAGCAAACACAGCCAAGGCGACUCCAAUGAACAGGAUUGUGACAUACUGGAUUACGAAGUUGACUGGGAUGAAGUUAUGGCUUCGAUCAAGCCGGAUGCAUGCACUAUGCACAAGCCUGGCCCUCUCCAGCCAGUCCUGCAGUAUGGAUCUACACACAACCCCAUGGCUUCUUCCACAGGACUGGCCGGGAUGAGAAACAAUAGGGUAGUCCCGAUUUCUCAGCUUACGGCUUCCAUUGGAGACUCGACAGUGCUUAGCGGUGCAGUAAGCAACACUCGAGUCAAAGCCACGCCCUCACUGAGCAGCGUGCUAUACCAGGCUACUGCCCUGCGAUUGUGCUUUCGAAUCGGAGAGCUUCUUAAUCAAGGAUCACGGUGUUUUCGAAAUGAACAGAGGGCAGUCUUUGAACUGUUCGCCCGAGUCACUUAUUCGAGUCGAGAAAACCAUGCAAGAGUGCAGCACUUUCAGUUCGCAGACCUUGACAAAGACUAUCCUCCAUUUCUCUCGGGAACGAUGAAAAAUUGGAAGCUGGAUAGCCUACUUGACAGGCAAGCACGAGCAUUUCUCGGAGAGGGUGGCCCUAGAUUAUGUCGCUGUACCUGUCAGCUUCGCAGAGGCAUCAAUACUGAUACGGGCUGGGUCAUCUCGAUACUGUCUAUCAGACUCAGUGACCGGGAUGAGGCUGACUCGAUGAAGAGGAUGACAGUCUGA